AGGAAAGUGGUUCUGCAGCGGCGGCGGGAGGGGUGUGUGUGUUCUGCUGGCUUGAGCCAGGCUGGGCUACCAUGGCUGUUUCUCCUUACGUGAAGGACAUGCAGGAGAAGUUCCGGGCUAACACGCGGAGCCGCGAAUUCCCCGCGCACGGGGCCAAGGUCCACUCGGUGGCCUGGAGCUGCUGCGGCCACCGCCUGGCCUCCGGCUCUUUCGACAAGACCGCCAGCGUCUUCGUGCUGGAUAAAGACCGGCUGGUCAAGGAAAACAAUUACCGUGGUCAUGGAGACAGUGUGGAUCAGUUGUGUUGGCAUCCUAGUAACCCAGAUCUAUUUGUUACAGCAUCUGGUGAUAAAACCAUUCGAAUAUGGGAUGUUCGAACCACUAAGUGCAUUGACACAGUGAAUACAAAAGGGGAAAACAUUAACAUCUGCUGGAGCCCUGAUGGCCAGACUAUUGCAGUAGGGAAUAAAGAUGAUGUUGUCACAUUCAUUGAUGCUAAGACACAUCGGUCCAAAGCUGAAGAGCAAUUCAAGUUUGAAGUGAAUGAGAUAUCUUGGAACAAUGACAACAACAUGUUUUUCCUCACCAAUGGCAACGGCUGCAUCAACAUCCUCAGUUACCCAGAGCUGAAACCCAUUCAGUCAAUUAAUGCGCAUCCCUCAAAUUGCAUUUGUAUCAAGUUUGAUCCAACGGGCAAGUAUUUUGCUACUGGAAGUGCUGAUGCAUUGGUUAGCCUCUGGGAUGUGGAUGAGCUGGUGUGUGUACGAUGUUUUUCUAGACUUGAUUGGCCUGUCAGGACUUUGAGCUUUAGCUGUGAUGGCAAGAUGCUGGCUUCAGCCUCUGAAGAUCACUUCAUUGAUAUUGCUGAAGUAGAAACUGGGGAGAAGCUCUGGGAAGUACAGUGCGAGUCCCCAACCUUCACAGUUGCUUGGCAUCCAAAACACCCGCUAUUAGCCUACGCUUGUGAUGAUAAAGACGGCAAAUAUGAUAGCAGUAGAGAAGCGGGCACUGUGAAGCUCUUUGGUCACGCCAAUGACUCUUAAAAGAAAUCUGCUAGAGACUUUAUUUAUGAUUUAGGAUUCUAAGCCAAUGCAGAACAUUCAGAAGACACACAACUCCUCUCUGGGUUUGUUUUUCUUUGUGGCAGAGAACAGUGCCAUGAAUUUUAAUUCCCUUGUCUGGGAAUUUGAUUUUUAAAAAGUUUUUGUGCAUUUUUAACUGUUCUAGAAGGCAGAGAAGUUGAAAUGAUGUGGACUUCUUUGGAAUGCAGAGAUUAAUUCAGUAUUUUAAGUGCAGAAUUACAAGGGAGCUAUCAAUAUUCUGAUAUGCAUUUGUGUCCUCCAUCGUAACAGUCUCUGUCCUCUGUUUAAUUGAGAGUAUCAGAGGCAAAAACGUCUUCAAACAUGGGUUAUACAUCACUGUCAUUUUCCUGUGUCUUGAUAAUGGAAAUUCUGGUUGAGAAUUAUGCUGGUUUCUUCCAGCCAUCUUUGAAACUCUCCUUUUCAUAGUUAACUUUUGAGAAAAAUGUAUAUAUUUAUGUGUCUAAUUCUUUUUAUACCAUAAUACUGUAGUAUAAUGAAAGGAGUAAGGCUGGAAAAUACUAAUUUUUGUAUGAUCCCGUUUUUGUAUCUUGGAUAAAGAUAUUUGCUAAAA